GCUGCUCAGCUUCCUCUUUGCUUCCUGCGCGGGUGCAGGCGUUUCUGACUCGGAAUCCUCGGCGUCUGUUUCUGUCUUUCUGUUUCUAUUUAGCGCUCAUGUCAGUAUCGUAAAUUGUUCUCGGUACGCUAGGUUAAUCCUGCAAUAUAUCUGUAGAACCGAGUGGAUUCGUCGCUGUAUAUAUAUAUAUAUAUAUAUUUUUUCUUAAGCGUCUUUUUAACGGAGAAAGACCCGGAUGACGCGAGACCCGGUUUAGGUCAAUUGGCCAAAAAAAAAAAAAAAAAAAAAAACCACACAAAAAAAACAAAAACAUAAACACAUCUCUGUUUUCUGCACCGAAAAUUAUACAUUAACGAUUUAUUUUCCGAUUUUAUUUGCUCUCUGCUGGUGAGUAUGGAUGAAAAGGUGUUUACAAAAGAACUGGACCAAUGGAUCGAGCAGCUGAACGAGUGCAAGCAGCUGUCGGAGAACCAGGUUAAAUUUUUAUGCGAGAAAGCUAAAGAGAUUUUAUCGAAGGAGUCCAACGUCCAGGAGGUGCGUUGUCCGGUCACGGUGUGCGGAGAUGUCCACGGGCAGUUCCACGACCUCAUGGAGCUCUUCAAGAUCGGCGGGAAAUCACCAGACACCAACUAUCUCUUCAUGGGCGACUACGUAGACCGAGGCUAUUACUCUGUCGAGACCGUCACACUUCUAGUGUGUUUAAAGGUUCGAUAUAGAGAGCGAAUCACCAUCCUCCGAGGGAACCACGAGAGCAGACAGAUCACGCAGGUUUACGGCUUCUACGACGAGUGUCUGAGAAAAUACGGCAACGCAAACGUUUGGAAAUAUUUCACCGACCUCUUUGACUACCUUCCGCUCACCGCCCUGGUGGACACGCAGAUUUUCUGUCUCCACGGAGGACUGUCUCCAUCCAUCGAUACGCUGGAUCACAUUCGAGCUCUGGACCGCAUCCAGGAAGUCCCACAUGAGGGCCCCAUGUGUGACCUGUUGUGGUCGGACCCCGAUGACCGCGGUGGCUGGGGGAUUUCACCCAGAGGAGCCGGCUACACCUUCGGCCAGGACAUCUCAGAAACCUUCAAUCACGCCAACUCCCUCACCCUGGUGUCCAGAGCUCACCAGUUAGUCAUGGAGGGUUACAACUGGUGUCACGAGCGGAACGUCGUCACCAUCUUCAGCGCUCCGAAUUACUGUUACCGCUGCGGCAACCAGGCGGCCAUCAUGGAGCUCGACGACACGCUCAAGUACUCCUUUUUGCAGUUCGACCCGGCGCCGAGGAGAGGAGAACCGCACGUCACCCGCCGGACCCCCGACUACUUCCUGUAACGUCUCUGUGCCUGAUGAAGUGUUCCUCAGCAUUAUCCCGAUCGCAGACUGAACUGUCCUUACAAAAUCAGCUCCUGUCCUUUCUCCAAAUAUUUACUGCAUCUCUGAAUGCCUGAGCUUGUCCACGGACCAGAAUGUGUGCCAUCAGUAUAAUGUACGGGGGGGGCGGGAUGGGUGAUACACACACACACACACACACACACACUCAGCGUUUAGCCAUUUUACAUCUACGGUGAUUCAAUAAAGCUUUGGUUUCCUUGAUACGAGUGAGCUUCAUGCAGGGUAAAUAUCCCAACAGUGUUCUUUUGAAAUGUGUUUUUAUUCUUUAGAUCAUUAAUGUAGGAGCUUUUGGCUGGACGUUGUGGUGAAUAAAAAAAUAUUUUUUAAAAAUGAUAAUAAAAACAUCAACGUUGCCAUGCGUAGUAUCAUGCCCCACGGUUCAGCACAACCUCUCAUCACCUCUGAUUCGUCUUAGACUUUCAGAUAAAAGGUAAUAUUUUGUUUAAUGAUAUGAAGUUUGUAAAAAAAAAAAAGAAGAAGCACUUUUUUUGUGGUACAAUCUUUCAGUGUUAUCGAAUUGUAGAUUAUUUACAGGCAGAUUUUGUUUUUGUAACUGCAUUGUUCCCACCACCACCCUUGUAAAACCGAGCACUUUGUUUUUGUUUAUUAUUAUUAUUAUUAUUAUUAUUAUUUUUGGUUAAUGGAAGCUGCGAGCUGUAUUGCGUUUCACUAGAGCAGUAUAAAAAUGUACACAAUGUUUUUAACGCCUGAGAUCUGAGAUAAAGCUGUUUUUCUGCCUGA